AUGGCUCCCACCGACACUCAGACCGCCCGAACCAAGGGGCUUGUGGGAAAGCCGUUAUUGUACUUCACAAGUGUUUUCGUAUCACUAGGUGUAUUUCUUUUUGGCUACGACCAAGGUGUUAUGUCUGGCAUUAUUACUGGUCCUUUUUUCAGAGAUGCUUUCAAUCAACCUGGCCCAGCUGAAGUUGGUACCAUGGUAGCCAUCCUAGAGGUUGGCGCUCUUAUAUCAUCGCUCUGCGUCGGACGCAUUGGCGACAUCAUUGGACGUCGCAGGACUAUUCUUUAUGGGUCGAUGAUUUUCUUCGUCGGUGGAAUGCUCCAAACCUUGUCAAACGGCAUGCCUAUGAUGAUGGUAGGGAGAUUGAUCGCAGGCUUUGGAGUUGGCGCGCUCUCCACCAUUGUACCUGUCUAUCAGUCCGAGAUCAGUCCUCCACACAAUAGAGGCAAACUGGCCUGUAUAGAGUUUACGGGUAAUAUCACGGGUUACGCUGCGAGCGUUUGGGUGGACUACUUCUGCAGCUUUAUCCAGAGCGAUCUUUCAUGGAGAGUGCCUUUGUUGAUGCAAUGCGUUAUGGGGGCACUUCUCGGAUUUGGCAGCUUGAUUAUUUGCGAAUCCCCUCGGUGGCUCCUGGACAACGAUCACGACGAGGAGGGCAUCAUUGUCAUUGCCAAUCUCUAUGGCAAAGGUGAUAUUCAUAAUGCCAAGGCUCGACAAGAAUAUCGCGAGAUCAAAAUGAACGUCCUCUUGCAACGUCAAGAAGGAGAGCGUUCGUACUCGGAUAUGUUUAAACGGUACUAUAAGCGCGUCUUUAUUGCAAUGUCUGCUCAGGCGUUCGCACAACUCAACGGCAUCAACGUCAUCUCCUACUACGCACCUCUUGUGUUCGAAUCGGCAGGUUGGGUGGGACGAGACGCGAUCCUCAUGACUGGUAUCAAUGCAUUCACUUACUUGGGCUCAACGAUUCCGCCCUGGUAUCUGGUUGAUAGAUGGGGACGGCGGCCAAUUCUCUUGUCUGGGGCUGUGGCCAUGAUCAUCUCCCUGUCGCUGAUCUCCUACUUCAUCUUCAUUGACGUACGGUGGACCCCGACUCUGGUCGUCGUUUUUGUCAUGAUAUACAAUGCGGCAUUCGGAGCCAGCUGGGGCCCUAUCCCUUGGCUUUAUCCUCCAGAGAUUCUGCCACUCAGCAUUCGGGCGAAAGGUGCCAGCUUGAGCACCGCCAGCAACUGGGCGUUCAACUUUUUGGUUGGUGAACUCACACCGAUUCUCCAGAAAUCGAUCAAGUGGAGAUUGUAUCUUGUACACGCCUUCUUCUGUGCGCUGAGUUUUGUUCUCGUUUAUUUCGUAUAUCCCGAAACCGCCAAUGUUCGUCUUGAAGAUAUGAACGCGCUGUUUGGGGACGCCACGACAGCGAUGCCCACUCCAUCCACCCAGGCGGAGCGAGGCUCCCUCAUGGGCGUGGGAUCACCAUCCUCUCUCGACAUCAGGCACGGUGCCUCUCAACCAAGUAUCUUCUCUGCAGAUACUGCAAUUCCAGGCCUUGAUAUAGAUCCUCCCGAUGUCCAGCUGGACGAGAAUGGAAAACCGCGAGUGAGACGCGAGAGCAAUCAAGCAGGUGUGGGGGGUUGGAUUGGUCGAAUGGUGUCUCGGACACGACAAGACAACGGUUCCCGCGGUCAAUAUGGGAAGAUCGGUCAAGACGAGGAUUAA